CUUUGUUGACGCUUCCAUCAUAAAUGUCAAGUUGAGAUUGGCGUCGUGGGGUUAUUUAGUUAUUGUGUUGUCUAAAAUUACAAGAAUAAAUCAGAACAGUGUUUUAAUAUAAAAUUAGAUUGUAACUUACUAACGAUGCCUUACGCAAAUCAGCCUUCAGUCCACAUAACAGAACUGACAGACGACAAUGUAAAGUUUGUUGUUGAAGACACCGAACUCAGCGUCGCUAACAGUAUGAGACGUGUUUUUAUAGCCGAAACACCGACGAUGGCUAUAGAUUGGGUGCAACUGGAAGCUAAUUCCACUGUACUCAGCGAUGAAUUCCUGGCUCACCGCAUCGGCCUUAUUCCGUUGAUAUCAGAUGACGUCGUCGACAAAAUUCGGUAUUCCCGCGAUUGUAUGUGCGCAGAUUUCUGUUCAGAGUGCAGCGUAGAAUUUACCCUGGAUGUAAAAUGUACAGGUGAUCAAACAAGACAUGUUACUACUGCUGACUUAAAAUCAAGUGACCCACGAGUGGUGCCGGUGACGUCACGACAUAGGGACGAGGACCAGGCCGAUUACGGCGAGACAGAUGAAAUCUUAAUAAUUAAGCUUCGUAAAGGGCAAGAGCUGAAACUGAGAGCAUAUGCGAAAAAAGGUUUUGGAAAGGAACAUGCCAAAUGGAAUCCCACUGCGGGUGUGUCCUUUGAAUAUGAUCCAGACAACAUGAUGAGGCAUACUCUGUUCCCUAAACCAGAUGAGUGGCCUAAAAGUGAACACACUGAGUUGGAUGAGGACCAGUAUGAAGCGGAGUUUAAUUGGGAAGCUAAGCCAAACAAAUUCUUUUACAAUGUUGAGUCAUCCGGAGCACUAAAACCAGAAAACAUAGUACUGAUGGGUAUUGUUGUGUUGAAGAACAAAUUGCUCAAUUUACAAGUACAAUUAGCACAAGAAGCCCAGAUUGAUGCAUUAGCUAUCAAUUAAAUUAUUAGACUAGUAUUAACUAUGUAAU